AUGUUCGAGAAGAUAUUCCACGAGAGCUCAGAUGGCGAGCGCGAUCACGAGAAAAAUGUGGACGUCCAGGUCGGCGCGGUGUACGACGGAGAGGAGCCGGUUGACUUUGCAGAGAAGAAAGACCUCAGGUCAGCCAAAGCACUCUCUCCGACUCAACUGUCCAAGGCUAAUCGAAUACGCCAUCAAGACGUGGACUUCACCAGAGACACAUCCAGAUGAUAGCCCUCGCUGGAACGAUUGGGACUGGAUUGUUCUUAAGUUCUGGCAAAGCUCUGGCGCAAGCUGGACCCCUUGGAGCCUGGCUCGGAUAUACCUUUGUUGGCAUGUUGGUGACAGCUCCCGUGUUCAGUAUAGCAGAGAUGAGCGCUUUGGUUCCUCUCAGUGGUGGCGUUAUCAGACAUGCGGAGUACUUUGUGGAUCCUGCUCUCGCUUUCGCCGAAGGCUGGAACUCAAUCUACAGCUACAUGGUGUCCCUUCCCGCUGAAAUUGUUGCUGCCGCGGUAGUGACCGAAUUCUGGGUCCACAUCAACAACGGCAUCUGGAUCACUGUUUUCGGCAUCUUGCUCGUACUGAGCAACAUCAUUCUCGUGCGCAUUUACGGCGAGCUAGAGUUCAUCGUGAGUUUCAAUUCAACCAAAACCGAAGACUUCCUCUAACUCGCAUUGCACAGUUCGCAACGCUGAAAAUCCUCCUAGUCGUUGGCGUCAGUAAGUGUUCCUACUCGGUUUUCGAACGAAUAAAGCUCACCCCGAGAUAGAUAUCAUGGCUCUCGUAGUUACUUGUGGAGGUGGGCCGGACCAUCACACCUACGGCUUCCAAUACUGGCGCAACCCUGGACCUUUCGUGCAAUAUCUUGGCAUCAACGGGGAUCUUGGCAGAUUUCUGGGUUUCUGGACAGUCUUCUCCAAUGCGGUAUAUGCCUACUCUGGAGUCCAAAACAUAAGUACCGCUGCAGCAGAAACAGAGUCGCCUAGGAGGAACAUUCCAAUGGCAGCAAAGCGCAUCUUCUGGAGGGUCGGCAUCUUCUACUCGCUUUCGAUCUUCAUGAUUGGUAUGAUCGUGCCGUCUAACGAUGAAAACCUCCUUCAAUCUUCGGGAACCGCAGCCCAAUCGCCCUUCGUGAUUGCAGCCACCAGAGCCGGGAUCAAAGUCGUGCCCUCCAUCAUCAAUGCUGUCGUCUUAACUUCCGCCUGGAGCGCUGGCAAUGCUGGUCUACUCAACAGUUCUCGUAUCCUCUAUGGCCUUGCGCAAGAUGGACGUGCUCCCAAGUUUUUCAAGCGGACAAGCCGACUUGGCAUACCCUGGGCUUCCGUCGCCUUCAUGAGCCUCUUCGUCUGUUUGGGCUACAUGUCGCUGCAGGACUCCGCCUCUACGGUCUUUUCUUGGCUGCAAGACCUUGUCUCCGUUGCUGCACUGAUCGACUGGAUGGUCAUCUGUGGUGUCUACCUGCGCUUUUACUAUGCGAUGAAAAAGCAGGGGAUCAGUCGUGAACGCCUGCCUUGGAAAGGAAUGUUCCAGCCAUACCUUGCUUGGAUAGGUCUCGUUGCAUUCGCCCUUCUUUUGUUGACUGGCGGCUAUACCACCUUUAUCCACGGACAGUGAGUCGUUCAGUCGUGUCCUUUCUUCAAACUACGCUAACACCUGAGUGUCAGCUGGUCAACUGAGACGUUCGUAUCAAGCUACAUCAACAUUCCAAUAAUCCUCACCUUGUACUUCGGCUACAAGCUUAUUCGGAAGACGAGAAUCGUGCCUUUGAUGGAGGUAAGUUGCUGCCGAUCACGAACGCACGACACGAUCUGACAUGCUAUGUUCGAAGGUUCCCAUCAUGAAAUAUCUCGACAUCUACGACCAAAAUCCGGAACCUCCGCUUCCGCCUGUCAUUGGAUGGAGGAGGUUUAAUAUCCUCUGGAGUUGA